CCGACUUGUGAGCGGAAGACAAACAGUAAUACGUCAUUUCCGGUGUUCAGUCUCCGCCUGUUGUGUUCAGGCCGCGGCUUUUUGAAAAUAACGACAGCUUCAGUAGUAAGACGUCAGUCAAAAGGAGACAUUGUGGUAUUAAAACGCGUUGUCUGACGUCGGUUCAUCAUGGCAUCCAUCACUGACCCAAACAUUAGUGUCAAGUUCACCAGUGUAAUGGAGGAGAUUCACAACAAAACACUUAAAUCAUAUGGGGAGAUAAUGGAUAUGACUACAGAGCUGUGCCAGUCCCACAGGCAGUUUUUGAAGCCUGCACUUGAUACAUGUUUGAAGAAAUGUAAAGACGAUGAGGUGCUCUUUGAGACAAUACACACAUUCAAAAUAGACUUGGAACAAAAAAAUGCAUCCUUGAAAGAGAAACACAAUGGCAUUUCUGAUGUAAUAUCUGAGAUUCAGCAGAAGGAGAUGCAGAAAGAUGAGCUUAUCCAGAAGAUAGAGAAACUUAAAGAAGAACAAGCCAAGAGAAAAGAGUUAAUUGAAUCCCAAAAUAAAGCAAACAAAGACAGACUGAAGAAUCUCCAGAAAGCCAGAUUGGUCUUUCAGGAUCACUUGGGGAUGGAGAUACGAUCAGUCCACUGCAAAACAGAGCAGGUUAAAGGUGAAAAGUUGCAGUUUGUUUUCCGGAAUAUCAACCCUUCAGAUGAGAACAGUGCCUACGUUGUCACAAUGGGGGUUAAAGAAGAUGGAUGCUACCAGAUUGUGUCGAGUGACCCGGAGCUGCAGUGUUUGCCGGUGUUGGAAAGGCGACUUCAGGAGACCAACAACUUACCAGCAUUCCUGGCAAAUGUCAGGAGGGAGUUCAUCUCCCAGGCACGUGGCUAAGGGCGGGAAGCUAUAGCAUAAAGAUUUAUGCUGCUGUUUAUUCAACACAAGGAAUGGUUAAAACCGAACAAAGAUAUUGGCCUUUGCUCUAUUAAAGUAUAUUUUUAUAUUGAUCUGUUGAUCACAUCUGAAAUUAAAGAGCAUAAGAGUAAAAAUGAAAAGAAGCACGUUAAUUAUUCUGCAUCAUUCAGAUGAUAGUGCAACAAGGUAGCACUUUUCAGAGGCCAGUACAGACAAACAGAGAUCUCACCACAUGGAAACACUGAUGGAAACGAUGUUUUCAAUGAUCCAAAGCAUCUUGUCCUUUUCACAUACUUCCUAUGAAUUAUGUAUCUGCAAAGGUUUAUGGUGCAUUGUGCUCAGCUUCAUCCCUCUUCCUCUGUGGAUCCCACAUUGUUUUCCAUAUUCUUAAAUGUUCCCUCUGUUCAGGUACUCUACUGUUCUCUUUCAAAAAUGCCUUAGUUCAAACCCUUAAAAAAAAUAAACGGCAGCAAUUGAUCCCCAUGAUUUUAACAAUUUGAGUCCAAUAUCUACAGUAAACUUUCAUUCUCAGCCAAAUUUGACAAAAUGGUUGUGAGUCACCUCUUAGAAUUUAAAAGUGACAAAACUGUACGUGAAUGUUUCCAGUCUGGUUUUAGUUUUCAUCCUGUGUGUGCCGUCCUGCUCACCGAGGUCCAUAAAUGCCCAAGUCUAGACUGAAAACAAGGUAUUUGCAGUCUGAGUUCCCAAUCUGUGGAACAAGCUCCCUGAUUGGCUGAGACUAUCUUGCCUUGUAAAACACAUUUUUACAGACUGGCCUUCGUGUGAUUUUAUUUUUUAAUCUGUGUAUUUAUUCUCCUUUAAAUGGUGUUUUUAUUUUGUCAUAUAGUGUAUGUUUUUAUAGCUUGACAUGUCCCCUGUUAUUUUUGUUUAAAGCAUUUUGUAAAUUCUGUUCUAGAAAGGUGCGUUAAGAUAUAGUUUAUCAGAAUUGUUAUCCUUAAUCAACUCAAAUGUAAAGCGGCACAGAUU